CACGAUCCUCAGCUAAAUUCUUUAUUGAAACGUUUAAUAUCUGAGAUAAAUGUUACGUCUCUGUUCUAUGGAGACUCUGGUGGGACGUUCAGACCUACCUUUCACAUUUUAGUGGGGUGAUUUGGCUGUGUCCUGUGACUUUGUUGAGUGCUUUCUGCUGGAUGGUGUUCCUGCUGUGUUUUUAGGGAUUAGCUAGCUAGCUGGUCGCUAGCACCAUGCUAACGCGACGUGGGUGUUCUUUCUUCAUUUUAGCUUGUCCGGCUAGCAAGCUAGCAUUUCGAUAGACAGCCAAGUUGCUUACAUGCCCGUUUGAUUCGGGGACACACAUUAUGUUAUGUGUACUAUAUCAUAUAAGAAAAGUGAUAGACAGACUGUCGUGUCACAGUGCUGUUGUUUCGCUGGUAAACGUAAAUUCUCCUGCUAGCUAUUGAACCGUUUGUAGGUUAGCUACAAAGUAGCCUACAUAAGAUACGUGAGCAGCGAAACCACUUUUGGCUGGUGAAGGCGUGUUUUGCCGAAGUGCCAAGCUCCCGACUGAAAGUAUUAGAACUCCUUUACACCUUUUUGACUGCCCGGCUUUACAUAAAGAGAUCACUGUAAUCAUUUAAUGUAUGUAUUUUAACAUGCAUACUGAGAGCUUGAUACCUGAAACCAUGUGAUGGUGAUUGGUGCCGGGUUGGGCAAGCAUGUAAAGCUGAUUUAAAGAUCUGGAUGUAUACAUGGAGCAAGGGUCUUUUUCUUCAUGAACAAAACAAAUGCUACAACUCCAAUUCCAGGAAUGAAGAGAAAUUGGACAGUGUGUUUUGGAGCGUGAGUGGUUGAGUAGAUGGAUCACUCUGCUUUUAACUUGUCAACUGCAGUGGGAAAUAAGCCACACGAGAAUCUGGGAUUUCCUCUCGGCAUCCCCUGUACUGCAUCGGUGUAAGCGUAGGUAGGUUGUCAGAACUGAGCGAGAUGUUUGGCUGCAAAGUGAAACUGAGGGGUCUGACUCAUUCGGGUUAGUUACAGUAUCCAUCACUGUCACGACACCACUGGCAUCACUGCCGCGCAGUUCAUCCUCAUAUAGCUAAAGCUAUAGCAGCUAUUGAACCAACGAGCUAAUAACCAGGAGCCACCUGCUCAGCUCGACCGGGUUAGUAUUUCUCCUCCUUAGAUCCGACCUGUGUCACGCUUGUCUUCAUUGCUGCCUCCUCUGCACGUUGUUGGACGUCUAUGCUUUGUGCCGUACGUGAAAUAGAUGGUUGUCAUAUGUGCUGUCGGCUGAGGUGUGGCUGGCGUGAAGCCGGCAGCUGGGCUGUGCAUCGCGCCAGUAGCAGGAGAAACCACGUGGUAGAUCGAGGUUGGGCCUAGGAAAGUUAGCAGCAUGGCUAACUGCAUAACAUGCAGCAGCGGGUUUGUAUUUGCAGAUGUUUAGGGCAGCUUCUAUUGUGCGUGAAUAUGCGUUUACUGUAAAUAACACGAGAAUAGAUGAAUUUGUCGUGUGUUUGGCGCACGCGUAAACACCGACACGCCCCUGUGUCAAAGCAAAAGUGUCUCACAGUUUGGACAGACCGUUGUCUUGACAAGCUUGGUGUAAAUGUCUCUGCUGUAUCUGUGUCAUUCAUAUAUAUAGGGUGGGGGGCAGUCAAACGCUGGUAUUGGUGGUAUGUUCACAUUUACACCUUUUGAUGAUCACUUCGUCUACUGCAGCAAACACGAGUCUGAUGUUAAGGACUGCAACCAUGUGACCUUAUCUGGGAGUGUGAGUCCAAAAUGGAUGCUGUUUCUUAUAGAUGGCAUACAGUCUAUAUAGCUAAUACAGGCAGGUGUUUAUUGUCUGUCUUAUCUCUAUCAGUGAACAUUCAUAUUUGAUAUGCAGUGGUUUCAGACAAGCUUUAUUUGGAGGAAAUGAAUAAAACUCACAGCAGACAAACACAUGGAGCCAGCUACUCACAGUUUGCCUGACAUAAGGAUACUGCCGAGCAUCCUGUUGUGAAAUUUGAAAGCCUGGAGACUGGGCAUGUGUGGGUUUUGGCAGAGUGUUACCAGAGGAACAUGGGGACAGGACCGAGAAGGGGAGGGAGGAGACAGGCUGUGCUGGCGUGAUGCUGUGUCACUGCAGCUACGUUCUAAUUGUAUGUUCAUCAUUGUCAGAGUGGGAUGCCUGCUUGUCACAGACUGUUGAUGCUCAAAUGGGAUGAUUAUUGGUCAGUGUCAACAGCGGAGUACAGACUGUAAAGUAUUGUUUUGUUUGUUUCAUCCAUACUGUUUAAUUCACUCCACUUCAGAAAAAAAAAUGUCAGAGGAAUUAUUAACCAGGCUGAGAAAACAGUGACUUGAAUGGAAAUUUGUAAUGUCUGAUAAGAUAAACUUGAAAAGUAUGAGCAGGGUUAGGGCUUCAACAAAAAAAAGGAAGUGUAAUAGUAAAAAGAGCGACGACUAAGAUUGAGGUGGUUUGGACAUGUGUGCAGGAGGGAUAGUGGAUAUACUGCACAAAGGAUGUUGAAUACAGAGCUGCCUGGCAGGAGGAAAAGAGGAAGAUCUCAAAGGAGGAUGGAUGUAGUGGAAGAGGACCUGUUGCUGGUCAGUGUGACGCAUAGGGUAAGAUGGAGGCAGAUGAUCUGCUGUGGCGACCCUUGAAAGGAGAAGCAGAAACAAGAUGAUGGUAAAAAGCUGUGAGCUUUCAAUGGGGAUUGUAUAAAUCAAGUUGUAUUGAGCAGAUUUGUGUAAAAUGUGGUAAUGCAGCUUUUCCUGUGGCUCCUAAUCAAAAACUGUAUUUAAAAAAAAAAAAAAAAUGGAUGCAACUUCCUGGUCUGAAAUGAAGCCAGUAUGGAAGUGGUCUAAAUCUGUAUUCUUUCUAAUGGCCAACACAGUGUGACUCCCAUGUUUACGAAAGGGUCCAUUUGUAGAGAAUUGUUUGUGAAAACAGCCCUUUGCUUCCUUGCUCUAUGACCUCUUUAAAGGCUUUCCUGUCAGUCACCAUUUUAUCAAAUACAGAAUUAUGUUAAUUUUAUAAAUUAUGAUUCUCAUUAGAAAAACAGCAGUAGCUUGUAAUAAAGCAUUAGGCAAUGAGUGUGCAGUGUACUUUGGUUUCCCGGUCAGGGGACCAGCAUGGUUGUGGUUUGGUCGUUUGCUGUGGCUGCAUCUAUCUCAACUCAGUCCUGAGGCUUUUCUAAAUAUAUAAGCCUCUGCUUUGAGUGUUUCUCUUGUAAAUGCCCCAACUUUAUGUAAGUGCUAUUUUAAAUCUGUGGACUAUCUCUGGGAGAAGCAGCACAGUACAGGAGGAAAUCUGACGGAGUUUAUUUCCUGUUACCUUUCUGCUUAGGUCAGUGAGCUUGAAUAUUGACCUAAUUUCUUCUAAGUGUGUUGGUCCUGUCUAUAAAUGACAGAACAAAAACACAACUUUGCAAAAUAAGCAUGUUGUUGUCUUUGCAUACUGAAUUAAAACUAUAGUCGUCGAGGAUUAAAGUGAUCCAGCGAAGCCUACCACUGCUGGAGCUUUCUGAACUGCGUUAUCACAACAGACUACACAGUGCCACUGACUGUGACAGGUACAAACGUCAGGCUAAUAAAAUGUGUACAAAAGUUAAGUUACUAAGGUCAUGUGCAUUUGCAAAUAGGCUUUGUGCAAAAGCCUGAGAGACGAGUGGUUUAGUUUAUAGUAUUUGCAGGCAUGAAAAAGUGACUUACAUUCUUGUAUCUUUAGUUGUUUUUUCCACUGCUGUCUCCCCCAGGCAGGAAAGUUUGUCUAGUUCUAAGUGCAGAUGUGUUUGUUUUUUGGGGGUUUUUUUUGGGUGGGGGGGUUAUAGGUUCAGUAAACAGUUGAUUUACAGUCUCUCUGGGUAAAGGGAGUCUAAAUCAUGUGUGUUCAAACACAGACAGUGGUUACACCCUUUAUAGGAGACAUGACAGCCAACUUCACUAGCAGCAAACUUUGGUUACCGACAGCAGAAGCUUAUGUAACUGUUGAAGGAGCAUGUUUCCCUGUCAGUCGUGCUGGCUAAAUUUCCACAGUGCUGCAUGUCAGAGAAGCUCAAAUGACUGGCCUGUGUGUUAUAAGGGGAUGGGGUGGGGUUCGGUGGCGGUGUAGAUGACUUUCCUCUGCCCCCCACCCCCACCCAAAAACAAAAAACCCACAUUCCUGCAAGAAAGGUCGACCACUGGGAUCUUUGCUUGUAUAGUAGGCUAUUCCCGGGUUUAUUUUUGGUGCUUCAGAUUUGAAUAUGUGAACACUAAUUUCAGCAAUUCAUUACUGGAUUAUAUACAAUUUUAAGACAUGCUGCUGAGCUCACUUGACUGAUGUCAGUGGACAGAAAGUGAAUCUGUUAUAAACAGUGCAGUUUGUGUUUGCUGCUUGAUUGGAUCUUCUAAGUAUCUACAUAUCCUUCCCUCUAUCACAUAACCCUUAUCUGGAAGAAAACAAAGAUAUGAAGUUAAACUGCUGGUGGUAAUUCAACAUAAUUAAAGAAUUACAUGUGCUGGUAGCAGCUGCUAUGCUGUUAAAAUCUGAAUUUUAUCAUGCUACUGUUGCAUACCCAGUGUAUGAGACUUUCAUGUGUUGUAACAGUUUUGAAGCCACGAUUCAAACUGCAAUAUAGACCAUAUUUCCCCCAUGGAGAUCUUAUUGCCUACUUAAAAUAGGAUAGUCUGGUAAAAGCUAUAAUGUUAUAUUGUUAAGGAAAUGGAGGACCAGAAAUGCAUCCAAAUAAUGGAAUUUAUUUUCUUCAUGGUCAUCUGAUAAAGCUUGUUAUUUGUUUUUCAUGCAAAACGCAGAGGUAUGAAGCGAGCUGUAGAUUUGGAGAAUGGCUAUUUUCCUAGUCGUGUAAUCUGUGUCUUUGUGCUUGUUGGUAUAGACAGAUAAUGUCUGAACUGCUGUGAAAAAUGUUCCUUGGAGUUGGAUAAUGUGGUUUACGACAUUAUCUGCAGAUGCUCUUUCUGACAUGGUGCAUGGAGUGAUAGUAUUAGACAUGAUGUUGGCAGAGUAUGUCAGGAAACGGGGCCGCUUGCUCACUAUGAUCUUACCAGACUUUUACCUGGACAUUCCUCACAACAUCACAGUCUGAAAUCAAAUAGAUCUUAUACUGGAGAGAUUUUGCCCUCUCACUCACACCUUUGUCUGGGGAUGUGCUGAAAAGUUGAGGGCUGCUGCACAUGUGUGAAAACGGCUUGAGUGUGAUGCAAAAUGACUGGAGUAGGUAGCUUUUUAGUCUGAGGCUCUCUUUUAGCCCUGAGAUUGUUUACUUAGCAUUUGGUUCAAGCCAGCCCAGCUAAGCCUAACAGUCUUUCUAUGGAUGAGCCUGUGAACUGCCACCUAUCACCCUCCUGCAUUCUUUCCUCACUUAUAUUGCUGCCUUCCUUAUUAAAGCUCUGCAGCUCCACUAUGGUGUGAAUAGUUCAAUCAAUGUCAGGGAUUUCACCUGCCUUUAUAGAAAUCCUCUUUGUUGAAAUUGAUUAGAUUUAUGUCCCCUUGCAUUUAUGUAUUGUUAUAGUCAUAGAAACGGUGGUGAUAACAACUAUUUCUGUAGCAUGAUUUCCUCUUUGAAAAAAAACAAACAUCCGGAAUCAUCAUGACUCAGGCUUUUUAUUCUGCUGCCUCAGAGUGUGAGUACUUGUGUAUGUGUAUCAGUAAAAAGAGCGUGUGUGUGUCAGUGACAGUGAUAGCGAUAAUGUAGUGUUUGGGCUAUGAAUACCAGAUGCGUUUAUUAUUAGUGAAGACUAUAUAAGCUAGGGAGAAAUCUUACUAUGUAUCUUACUAUGUAUGACAUACGGAGAUGACCAUUUAGUCAGCAGGGUGACUGUUUUGUUUGAGUGUAUCAUCAUGUGGUGAUCAGACUAAAUGGAGAGCACAUUUCAGAGACUGAGCAGUUGGAACAAUAGACAAUGGCAAUCUGUUGUUGUACACAGAAUUGUUCUGGUAGGUGUGAGCUGAUUCAUGCUCCCUGAAUUUUAAAACAGUUCAACUUUGGUUAGCAGCAUUGAUCUAAUACAGUAGAUAGGUGUCAGUGCUGAUAGUGGCGUCACUAAAUGACCACUGUACAAAUCUGCAAAAGUGUUUCUUUGUCAUUAAUAUAAACUUAUUCAUUUGAAGAGUUUCUCCACUUAUUUAGGAUGUACCCAAUCAAUAAUCCCCCCCUUUUUUUUUUCCUUCACAAAUAUUCUGCUGCUUUAUCAGUAUUGGGGAUUCAGACAACUCACAAAUACGUUUUGGGGGUUUUGGGUUUUUUUGGUCCACAAAACAAACCUCACAGUUUGGCCUAUGGCUACUACACAGCUGGAAGCCCAACAGGGCUGUUGGGAGUCCAUAGCGACAGGUUAGACGACUGCCGCUGGGGGGCGGGGGUGGGAAAUUAGCAUAUUUUAACAGGGAACAGCGACACGCCAUUGGUUGAAUUCUUCUUGCUUACUACGUAAAGACUGCUGUUGUUGAUAGCAGACAGUCUGGCAGUUUAUUUCUCACUCCUAGCAUGUUAUCUUAAACAUAUGCAGUGUCUAAGGUACUUACUACACGGAUGUCCGCGGAACUGUUCAAGGGAAAAAAAUACCCAGCGUAACGACACUUGGACCUUAAAGGAUUUAUAAAUACUUGUACACAGGCCCACAUCUGCCUCCCCAUGCAGAGCUCCAUGAAAUGAAUAAAGCACCACAGCCUAUAACGGGACCCCCAUCCAAUCCCCACCCUGCCCCUUCCCCCGGCCUUUCACAGCCCUCAUUCCCCCCUGGGCAGCCCCCGUCUGUAGUGUUUGCCACCCAACCUCCACAAAUGAACCCAACACCACAACCCCGACAGUUUGCCCCCGGGCCCCGGCCUAUACAUCAACAGGGAAGCUUCAGAUCACUACAGCCCUACUACCCCAACAGGCCCAACCUGCCUCCCAGCAGUGGGCCAAGAGGUGUCCCACCCAGCAGUGCUCCUCGGUCUGUGACCCCCACCCACGUCUACCAGGCAGGCCCUGGCUCCCAAAUGAUGAUGAUCCCCCAGCAACAGUUGCCCUUUCCCAGUUCGCCACAGGGACCUGCCUACAUCAUACAGUCACAGUACCGGUCACCAACCUACGUUCCCACACCUCAGCAGUUUCCAGUCCCAACAGGCACCCCAGGCUAUUACCCAGGCACAAGCCCUGCAGAAUAUGGUACUUACGCAGGGGCCUACUACCCUGCACAGCCACAGUUCACCCCCUCGGUCCAGGCAGGACCUGUGAUUAUGAAUCCUGCACCUCAACAACCACAGCCACCCCCUCAGCCUGCCCAGCACAUCCCUACCAAACGGGAACGCAAACAGAUCAGAAUAAGAGACCCAAACCAAGGAGGUCGAGACAUCACAGAAGAGAUUAUGUCAGGGGGCCGUAGUGGCUCCACCCCAACCCCACCUCAGACAUCUGGAUCAGAAAGUACGUCAUUGACCCAGGCCAACGGUGAGAGUAUCCCAGCUGCUACUACACCAGCACUGGUUAGACCAGAUGACAGAAGGAAACCUACACCUCCACCUGUGGCAAAGACCCCUGAACUUCACAAAGGCGACUCCACCCCUACAGAGGCUAAAACCUCUGAUACGAACACUAAGACCCCGUUACCUGCUCCUCUGUCAGAAGCUGAGAACACGCCUAUUAACACUAUUUCUGCACUUGCACCGAGCCCUCCUGUUCCAGAUGUGAUGGAUGCGCCUCCAUCUCACAAGGAACCUACACCCCCUCCCCAGUCAGCACCUGAGAUACCUGCCUAUCCUGCACCCCUUCCUGAUCCUGUCCCCACCUCUGCUGCACUGAACAAAGUUGACAAUAAAGCACCAGAGGCGAAAGAGGAGGUGGCAAAGGAAGAGGAGACUAAAGCAGAAGAGAAUGUGACGUCAGUAGACACACCCCAAACUCCUCCUUCCUCCACUAAUGGUGUGGCCGAGUUGGAACCUGAAAGGCUAUCGGUCACGUUACCACCAAGUCACCUAGAGGACCCUCUGGAGUCUCCAAUUGCACAGCCUGAGGAACUCCGACUACCCAACGGGCUGCCGCUCCCAGCCCCUCAAGACCCCGAAGCGCCUGCCGUCAACACAGCUGAACGUGACGACAGCCCCAUAGCUGAACCAGAUGUCAGUCAGCAGCCGAUAAUACAGACAUCUGCAAACGUCGCUCAGGCAGGACUAUAUCUAGAAGCCAUACCUCCACCUGUUAAACAUUCAACCCCUGCACCCUGUGCUCAAGAAGCGGAACCACCUCAGGCUGCACCUGCCCAGCCUGACGUUGCAGAAACUGUUCCUGCAGCCACUCUGGAUGUUAAGGAAGACACUCCAGUGCCCCAGUCUAGCACCAAGGAAGAGACUUCUUCUCCUACAGAGACCGUUUCAAUAGCUGACAACACCCCAGAAAAGGUACCCACUCCUCCCCCUCCUACAGCAGAGGAGAGGGAAGACACUCCUCCUCCUCCCCCACAGACGGUCACCUCUGCUCCUGUAGAAACUACUAUGCAAGCUGCUGUGUCUGUGCCAAAGAAAAAAAGAAAAAUGAAGGAUCUAAACAAAAAGGAGGCUGUGGGAGACCUCCUGGAUGCCUUUAAGGAGCAGCAAAAGGUGGUUGCACCAGAGCCUGAGCCAGUCCCAGCACCAGAGCCCCAGCCCCCUGCCACUGCUCCUCCUGCCCAAGAGGAGGCAGACUUAACCUGGGAGGACAAGGAGGACAAGCUGGAUGCUGAGAAUAUUCAGCCGGAUCCUCUCAAGCCGACUGCCACUGACAAGAAGUAUCAGUACAAAGAGGAACAAUGGAUGCCAAUAAACACAGAAGAGAAGAAGAAAUAUGACCGUGAGUUUCUUCUGGGAUUCCAGUUCAUCUCAGCCAGUAUGAACAAACCUGAGGGCCUACCAGCCAUCAGUGAUGUUGUCCUGGACAAGGCUAAUAAAACACCUCUGCGACAACUCGACCCCAGUCGCCUUCCAGGAAUGAACUGCGGCCCUGACUUCACGCCCUCCUUUGCCAACCUUGGCAGGCCCAGCAUGGGAGGAGGAAGCAGAGGACCAGUGAGUUCAAUUUUUCUUUGUGUAACCGAGCACUUUCCAAUUGAAUUAUUACUUCAAUUAAAUCAUGUUUUGAUGUUUCCCUUACAGUCUCCGGGUAUGGGCAUGGGGAUUGGCGGACCACGUCGCUCUCAACAAAUGCCGAGGAAAGAACUGAGGAAAAUCAUCAGCAGCAUGCCACUCAGUGAUGAGGUGCAGCUGAACAAAGCAGAGAAGGCGUGGAAGUCUUCAGUGAAGAAAAGCCCUCGCAGCCGUGGGGCAGAGGAGGUAGACGAGAGUGAACCAGAGCAGAUCAAGACCCAGGAGCUGUUUAAACGGGUGCGCAGCAUCCUCAAUAAACUGACCCCCCAAAAGUUUCAGCAGCUCAUGAAACAAGUAACAGAACUGACCAUUGACACAGAAGAGCGGUUGAAAGGAGUCAUAGACCUCACCUUUGAAAAGGCCAUCUCUGAACCAGACUUUUCUGUGGCCUACGCCAACAUGUGCCGCUGCCUUAUGGGGCUUAGAGUCGAAAUUCCAGAUAAACCAGGAGCCACUGUAAAUUUUCGCAAGCUGCUGCUAAAUCGAUGCCAGAAGGAGUUUGAGAAGGAUAAGGAUGAUGAUGAGAUUUUCGAGAAGAAGCAGAAAGAGCUGGAAGCUGCAUCCGUGGAGGAGGAGAAGCAGCGGCUCCUUGAGGAGUUAGAAGAGGCUAAGGACAAGGCCAGGAGGAGGUCUCUAGGCAAUAUCAAGUUCAUUGGUGAGCUGUUCAAGCUGAAAAUGCUCACAGAGGUCAUCAUGCACGACUGCAUUGUCAAGCUGCUCAAAAACCAUGACGAGGAGUCUCUGGAGUGCCUGUGCAGACUAUUGUCCACCAUUGGCAAGGACCUUGACUUUGAGAAGGCCAAGCCUCGUAUGGACCAAUACUUCAAUCAGAUGGAGAAAAUAAUAAAGGAGAGGAAGACCACCUCCAGGAUCCGUUUCAUGUUGCAGGAUGUGCUGGACCUUCGACGGAAUAACUGGGUGCCCCGGCGAGGCGAUCAGGGUCCCAAGACCAUCGACCAGAUCCACAAAGAUGCUGAGCUGGAGGAACACAGGGAGCAGAUGAAGGUGCAGCAAGCCCUCAUCUCUAAGAAGGAAUCCAGUGGAGGCUCAGGAGGCAGGAUGGGUGGAGGCCGUCGGGGCCCUCACUCUCCAGGUCGUCGAGGCCCUCAUUCUCCAGGCCGUAGGGGAACCCACUCCCCAGGGCGUGGUGCCUCUCCCCAGGAUGACGGCUGGAACACAGUGCCCAUCUCUAAAAACAGACCUAUUGACACCUCUCGCCUUAGCAAAAUCACUAAGACUCCUGUUCUUGACUUCAACAAUCAGCUGCUUGCCCCAGGAGGUAAAGGCACAUGGGGCAGCUGGGGUAAGGGCAGUAGCGGUGGCACAAGUGCCAAGCCUGCAGAUUCUGGCUCAGAGACGGGUAGCCGACCAGCCACCAGCACGCUCAACAGGUUCUCAGCCCUGCAGCAGCCUUUGUCCUCAGGCUCUUCAGUAGACACAGAUAAGAGAAUUCCUCAGAGAAACAGCUUGAGUCGAGAACGAAGUGAUCGCUUCGACCGCUCAGAUCGUGGCAGUGACCGCUUCGAGCGACGAGACGACCGUGAUCGAAACCAGCUCCAGGUCACUAAACGCAGUUUCAGUCGGGAGAAGGAGGAGCGGAGUCGGGACAGAGAGCAGCGUGGCCCUGCUGAUCCAGUCCGCCGUGUGGCGAGCAUGACGGAUGACCGAGACAGCAGAGAACGGGCCAGAAGCAGAGAGAAUGCGAAGAGGGAGAAAGCUGCCACCCCUCCACCUCCCCAGACCCCCACCAAGCCUGCCUUGACCGAGGAGGAGUUGGAAAAGAAGUCCACAGCCAUCAUUGAGGAGUACCUCCAUAUCAACGACAUGAAGGAGGCUCUGCAGUGCGUGCAGGAGAUAAAUAGCACUCAGCUGCUGUUUGUGUUUGUACGAAACGGGCUGGAGUCAACACUGGAGCGCAGCACGAUCGCCAGGGAGCACAUGGGCCUGCUGUUGCACCAGCUCAUUAAGACCGGCAUCCUACCAAAGGAGCAGUACUACAAAGGGCUUAAGGAAAUCCUGGAGGUGGCAGAAGACAUGGCGAUAGACAUCCCCCAUAUCUGGCUCUACCUGGCUGAGCUAAUCACUCCCAUGCUUCAAGAGGGAGGCAUCCCCAUGGGAGAACUUCUCAGGGAUGUCUCAAAGCCUUUGAUCCCUCUGGGCAAAGCUGGAGUCCUGCUGGUUGACAUCCUCACUUUACUCUGCAAAGGAAUGAGCCAUAAAAAGGCAGGUACAAUGUGGAGGGAGGCAGGCCUGCAGUGGAAGGACUUCCUCCCUGAGGACGUAGACGUCAACAAGUUUGUGACAGAAAAGAAUGUGGAGUUUACACUGGGCGAUGAGUCGGAGAAGGACAAGAAGAAGGAGCUCAGCGCUGCAGAUCUGACCAGAGAGCUGGACAGACUGAUCCAGGACAAGGCUGACAACCAGAGGAUCUUUGACUGGAUUGAGGCCAACCUGGAUGAGCAGCAGACCUCCUCCAACAUGUUUGUCAGAGCGCUGAUGACCUGCAUUUGCCAGUCAGCAAUUUGUGAGAAUCCCUACAAGGUUGACAGCGAGCAGAUCAAACGGAGGGCGAAGCUCCUGCAGAAAUACCUGAAGGACGAACAGAAGGAACUACAGGCUCUGUAUGCUCUGCAGGCCCUCAUGUUGCAGAUGGAGCAGCCUGCCAAUCUCCUGCGAAUGUUCUUCGACACACUCUACGAUGAAGACGUGAUCAAAGAGGAGGCCUUCUACAAGUGGGAGUCCAGCAAAGACCCCGCCGAACAGCAGGGGAAGGGCGUGGCCUUGAAGUCCGUCACUGCCUUCUUCACGUGGCUCCGCGAAGCCGAGGAUGAAUCCGAUAACAGCUAGGGGCUGCUGGGAGAAUCGAUGAGAGUUCUGGGCAAACCCAUGGGGAGAGUGAAUGUUCUGUGGAUGAUUCACAAGAGGCUGAAUCAGCAAAAUCCUUCUGCAUAAACAGAAAAAAAAAAUAAAGAAAAAAAACUUCUUCAACUGGGAGAGAUUGUAUUAUGGAUCGAACAUUCGAUCCUUUUUUUUUUUCUUGUUUGUUUUCAGUUUCUUGUUUUUCUUCUGUGCAACCGAAUGUCUUUUUUGAAACAAACACAGGAUUAACUAAAGAGAUGAAUAGAUUUGAGAGAGAGAGAGAGAAUGCUGAGAAGAGUUGAAAGCUGUAGGAAUGCUCUGAUGCUGUUUCCUUCAGUAUUUUUAUUUUUUGGGUUGUUUUCAGAAAGCUUUUUGUGGCCACGGCAAAACUACUCAAGACAUUUUGCUUAAAGACAGAAAAUAUAACAGAAGACUUUAAAAGGCUGUUCACAUCUAUAUUUUUGAUGAAUUCACUCUUUAUCAUGUGGACAUGACAGAUGUCAUGCUACAUGUCCGCCGUUUGGAUCUACAUGACGUGCUUAUGUAGAGCUUUUUGUUUCCCUUUUCAAAGUGUUGGAUGAUUAAGGGUGGUUUGUUUUGUUUUUUUUCUUUUUGUUUUUUGUUUUUUUUUUUUGUAAGAAAAAUUGAAAACUACAAAGAAAAGAGCCAUCUAAGAGACAUUUCAGUCAUGAGUGAAUGCAACGGUUGUGGACUUUCUGAGGACGUUGUCACUGAGGAGAGGGGCAAUGAACAUUGACCAUUUUGCUGCUUGCAGGGGUGGCAGCGAUGCUACCCUUUAAAACCCCAGCCCAACUCAAUCCCACCACCCCCGACCUCUGUGUCUGUUUCACUUGUUUCCUGCGCUUCAAAAAUGAACUGUGGACCGAGAGAGGGAGAGCAAGAGCGAGGGAUCAUGGUUUCACCCUCGUUCAAAGCCGGUUGGUGUUUUUGUUUUUUGUUUUUUUUUGUUUUUUGAAACUUGAAAAAGUAUACAGACAAAAAUCCACUUUAAUGACAAAGGACUUUUAAGAAAAGUUUAACAGUACGAAUCCUAAGGCCUUUCUUUGCUUCCAUGAGUGGAAAUGCAUUUCAGGAGAGUUCUGUAAAUAUACGAUGAAUAGUUUUCUUUUAAAGAAAGUAUGCUAAUGUAACCCCUAUUUCCUCUGCUCCUCUGAAACAAUGUGGCAGUUUUUCCCCCCGUAUUUAUAUUUUUCUCUCCUCAGCUGGCAGAAGGUGCUUGUGAUAUCCAACCCCAGUCAUUGAUUACAGUUUAAUUGAAAAAUUGUAAAUACUUUUCUGCUUUACUUUAUUAAAAAAGAUAUUUAAUUAAAGAAAAUAAUUGCCUCUUUUCACAUCCAGAACUGGAAGAGAUAAUAAAGAUGGUUGCAAAUAAAAAGGAAAA